AUGACCUCUCUAAACCAAGAUCUGGCUGCUACUGCAUUGUGUGAGACCUGUCGUGGUGAACCAACAAAUAUGCUGCCAGAGGACGUGGAUGCGCUGGCACGUGAUUACAACGAAACUCUGUCGAGCCUAACUAACUGUCAUGCACCAUUAAAGACCAAAAGUGUAAGAGCGAGGGCAUCGGCGCCCUGGUACAACAGUGAAAUCGAUGCUGCAAAACGACUUCGCAGCAAGGCCGAAAGAAUUUGGCGCAAGAGCAAAUUAUUGUCUGACUUUAAUCAGUUUAAGGUUAAACGAAAUCGAGUGACAUACCUUAUGAAUGAAGCCAGGAGAACGUUUUACACUAACUUCAUAAAAGAAAAUAGUAACAACCAAGGAAAGCUAUUUAGAGCCGUAAAUAAGUUGUUG